UAGGAAAAUUUUAUUGUUUCCAGUUUUUAUUUUAAAUAAUUUCUGUAAAAAUAGAAAUUUAUGUCCAUAUUAAUUGCAACAGUCUCGUUUAGCUAAAUUCAAGCUUUUAUUGUUAGUGAUAUUUGUAUUUUUGUAAAAUGUUUCCAUCCUCCCAAAUGGAUCAGAAUAAAUUUUGUUGUGAUCGUUCAACAUGUCCUAAGAGACAGCAACGAAAAGAAGAAUCCUCCAUACAGUCAUCCUCGCUGGAAGGAAUAAAUAAGAAAGCCAAUAAAGAAACGCAAAUGUCGGCUAGCAUAACAUCGACAUCAUCGGAAAGAAAUGGCGAACCCGCGAAAACCUGCGAAAAGUCAUCCGAAGCUUAUUUUGACCGAAAUAACCAGAAUAUAAGCUGUUGUCAUAAUAAAUUUUGUCCCUCAAAUUCAUCUCAAACCAGUCAAACAGAAUCUCACAUGUGCUCCGUUAUGUUAAAAUGUCCUGCUCCUACUCCUACUCAACUUAAUAGGCCACUUUGCUGUGUUAAGUGCAUGCGCCCGCCUCAAUCUAUUUACAAUACCCUCACAACUUCAUCUCUGCCAGGAACAAGCAGACAAAAAUGUUCCUGCAAACAAUUGGAUAUAACAUCCUCAAGUUCUAGUAGCAUUACAUCUGAACAUUUCCCAGUGAAAUUAACUUUAAAAUCCAACUCUAUGGAAAAUCAAAUGCCUUUGCCCAAAAUGAGACAGCUAACACAACAAGUUAAACCAAUUUUUGUAACCUCCACAGCACCAAGACCGGAGCGAUUACCAUCACCAAACUCAACAAAUGAUAUGUCCUCUAAUUGUGAACAAUUCUAUUCAUGUAGUUCGGAAGAUUCUGAAAGUGAAAACACUUCUAAAGUUGGUAGUCUUAAUAAAUUGCCAGCGAAAGUGCAACGAUCUCGUAAACGUUGUAAAACGAAUAAGAAUUGUGUUAUUUUAGAGCUGUUGCAUGAAGUAGUGCAUUUGAUCAAUAAAGAUAGUGUCAAGACGCCCUCAAGUUUAGAUGAUAAAAAUAGCAAAAUGACAAUACAAGAAUCGGAAAUUAAAAUAGAGGGCAAACCGAAAGAUUUAAAACCUCCAACUACAACUCAGUUUGCUCCAUUGACUUGGCCUCCUCCUUGUUUAUGUUGUGCUUAUGGCAUAGCUUUGGGACAAGGACAACCGUUUAAUAUGCCUACAAUACAACCCUACAACUUGAUGUCUCCUGCUGCAACUGCAUCACAAAUACCACAACCAUUUGUUUACGAAGAAACUGAUUGCAGUUUUAAGGAUUGUUCUAGCGGUAACAAAAGUUUAAUAGCCGACAAAAUUCCGGAUAACCUAUGUUGUAUAUGUUCCAAUAUCACUGAUAUUUGUCCCAAACAUGGACCUGUAAUCAAAAUGCUUAAAAAAGAAGAUUUCCCAAGUUCGUGCAAAGCUAUCUGCAGUAGUCCUAUUGUAGAACAACAAUGUCCUAUUGUUAAACCAGAGAUUAAAGACAAACUCGAUUCCUCAGAUGAAGAUAUAGGUGAGGAUCCCCCACAAGAUUCCACAUUAAAUGUAAAACGCGAGUUUGUAGAUGAUGAUGAGGAAUCACGUUGGGAAGGAAAGCCGGAUAUAGUUUUAACACCCAAAGAACUCGAGGAAGACGUCGAUGAAGAGUUACAUCCUCGUUAUGUGGAUAAAAUGUGUAUAGAUUCUCCCGAUAACAAUGAACCAAAUCCCGACUGUUUGUUAAUAUACGAUGAUGAAGAACCCCAGCAAGCAGAGGAUAUUAUAGAUGUCGAUGAAGAAAUACAGCCCAUUUUUGUGGAGCAAAAUCCCUUUGAAAACUAUGAACCAAGUCCCGAUUGUUUGAUGGAAUAUGAUGAUGAAGAUCCCAGUUGGACCGAUAUAACUAAUACUGUUUUAGAAAAUUCUGAGGUUAACGAUUUGCAAACUAUUGCAGACCAUGUAAGCAAUACAGAGAUCAUGGUAGCGGAUGAGCCCGUCAAACUAGAAAAUGCAACACUCGACAAUAACCCUAGUGGUGAACUUGACAAAUCAUCUCAUCAUACAAUUGAUGAUGCUAACGAAACACUGCAAGUUACUGAAACUGAAAGAUCCCCCUAUAUAGUUGAAACUUCUCCAACAACCGGGCGAAAUGUCUACAACUUUUUGCCUGAAAUCGAUAAAGCUGUUGUAGGCGUCAACAAACAAAUUAUUAGAUAUAAUGAAUCUGAGGAAGAGUUUGAUUCUUAUUACCGUGAAGAGGAAAGCGAGUUACUUAGUGAAGAGGAAUACGAAUUGGCCAAAGAAAAAAGAGCUGAAAGUCGUAAAAAGAAAAAACUUGAAGAUGAUGAUGUAACUAGUACAGCUUUGGCCACAAUAAAACAGCUUGAGGGUGAGGGUUCUCCCGAAGAAAUGAAAUUUUUCAUUGAUUCGCUUAUAAUGGAUUUUGAAGCCAUGGAGUAUGCACGGCGUAAAUCACAAUUCGAAAAGAACAUUUGUAAGUCCAAGUCAGGACUGUGUGCCCGUAAUAGUUUUCCGGUUACCAUUACUGAUGUCACAGAUCUCGGUGCCAAUUCAUUGUAUGUCAAGUGGUCUAUCCACGACUGCUGUGGCAUUGGAGGUUAUGAGAUUUACACUGACGGAUAUUUAACCAAUCGUUAUUACAAUAGUAGACACGAAGCUGCUGUCAUCACCCAGGUCGAUGUGACUUUGCCUCACAAAGUUGCUCUGGUGGCACAACCUACUGCCGAUGACGAGAGCCUAGAAUUAAUGUGCAACCUUACGACAGCUAAAAAUAAACCCAAAUGUUUACCCUGGAAAACAGAUGUAGAGAAGGAGCAAAAAUCAUAUGCAGCCUUAUGGACACCCAGUAUAUUUUUAUAUAAUCCUAACACAUGCAGAGCAACUGUAGAGCCGCCCAUAAUGAGAGACAAUUUUUAAAGGAACAACAAGCUUAUGAAGAGAAAUACCAAUGAAACAAUUUAAGAAAUUUUUUUUUGUAAUUUUCCCAAAAUGAAGUAGAUAUUCUACUCAGAAACAAUAUUAUUUUGUAAGUAAUGCUAGUCAAAGUCAAAAUGAAUGGCAAAUCAAGUGGAACACCAAGAGGACGGACAAUAUACAAACAUACACACACACACUUACCCUAGACAUAUACUACACAUACUGCUUACAUACAUCUUAUCAAGAAUGCAUGUAAUAAUCAAAGUAUGUAAUCAGAAAAUCAUUACAACAAUCAUUAUAAACUUAGUAUCUUGUAGGACAAAUUUGGGUUCUAUGAUUUUGUUAGUUUCAAAACAAUCCCAACUUUUGUUUAAAAACAAACUUUAUUUUGUAAAAUAUUUACUGUAUUUAUUAAAUGAAUUUAUAUACAUAUAUUCAACAUAUUAAGAAUUCUAUUGUCUACCAUUUUAAUGAUCUAAACAAUUGCAUGUCUUCUACUAUGUAAAGUUGUGUUUUAUUUUGAAAUUUUUCUUCAAAAUUUUUUUUGUUUUAAAAUAACAAAAGAGUUCAUGUACAAACAAACAAAAAAAAUUAUUGAAUUGCAAAUAAACAAAAAUAUAUUUAUGAAAAAGUGCCUUAAAAACAAAUUUGUUAUUUUCAAUUAUUUUUGAAAAUUUAAGUAAAAAAGAAACUCGAAAUAUUUUAAUUUUAUUUUUUUUUUGUAAUAUUUACCUAAUAUUUUAUGUUUAAUUUUGGAUUUUAGUUGAUCUACUUUUUUACAUUAGUUUGAAAUUAUUUUGUGUUUAAUUUAUUUUAAUUUAGAAUUCUUUUAUUUUCAUUUAUUGUAGUAAUUUUCUUUUUGUAAAUAUUUCAUCUUUGUUUUUGACAAAAUUCAUACAAACUCAUUUAAAAUUUGCAAAUGAAAAGCAAACAAUUUAUACAUGAUAAUUUUCAAAUAUCAAUGACGAAUUGCUAAAACGUUUUUUUAUAUACAUACAUUUAAGCAUUUUUGUAAUAUUAGAAAAAAAAAACAAAAAAUUUAAAAAAAAAAUGUUGCAUUGAAUACACAUUUAUUAAAAAAACCUACAUUUAAAAACAUUUUAAGUUGUGUUAAUUAAAAAAAAAAUUAUGAAAAACAAUGUUUAAUAAACAAGUUUUGACAAAAAAUAUUUAAACAA